GAUUCCAUACGAAUGGGCUCCGGUAUUCGCGAUACAAUUCGAGCCCAAGACCACUGCUAACCAGACUAACAGCAAUGGACUAGAAGACUACAAAAAAGCCCAUAUCUCUAAUCUCCUCAAAGCCCAACACCCCCAACUUGGAGAAGAAGAGCCAGCGGAGUCGCGAAGAGGGAGAUCAUCAGAGCUCACCCGCUGCGCAAAAGCUCACAGAGACAUCAUCGCGCUAGAUUGACUCAAGGCAAGAGGACGAGAUGGGGAGGAAGAAGGGCGUCGCCGAGUUCGAGGAAUCGCCGCCGGAUGACUUCGAUCCGUCGAGUCCGUACAAGGACCCGGUGGCGAUGCUGGAGAUGAGGGAGCACAUCGUGAGGGAGAAGUGGAUCGCCAUUGAGAAGGCCAAGAUUCUGAGGGAGAGGCUCCGCUGGUGUUAUCGCGUCGAAGGUGUCAACCACCACCAGAAAUGCCGUCGCCUCGUCGACGAGUACCUCGAGUCCACCCGUGGCAUCGGCUGGGGGAAGGACCAUCGCCCUCAUUCUUUUCACGGUGUCCCAAGGCCGAAGCCGUGGAGUCCGAGGAGUAAAGGAUUGCUUCUUCUCAAGGCAGCCUUCAAAAGAGGAUAGGUUAUGGGUCACUGAGCCCCAUUAUCAACGCCAUGCUGUAUUGCAUUGGCUAAUAGAUUUCCCCUGGUUAUGCUUUGUGACCGAGAAAAAGGUGAUUCUGUAGUUCUUCUUGUUGGCUUGUAAUUUGGUCAUUUUUUAAAAAAAUUCCGGUCUUUUUUUCCUUCUCCUUCUGAUGUCUGCAUGAGGGUUGCACAGCCUAGCUACUUGGAAGAUGCCUGAUGAUAUAGUUAACGGUUACGAUUAUGGUUAUUUGGUUAAACUUGUAUCAAUGUGGUAAUAGAUUGAAAACGUUGCCUUCAGUGGGAAUCUUGGUAACUAUUUGGACGACAUCAUGCAUGUGAAGUUUUGAACUAGGGGAACUGAACUUGGUUCCAAAGCAGAGAAACUAAAUCCGUGUUGAUUUAUUUCUGUUGCAGAUGGGCCACAAUGCUUAGAGAUCAAUGCUGGGGACUGAAGCAGUGCAAUCCCUUACUAUUUUAAGUUUGAUAUAUUGUUGUUAAUGUUUUGCUUCUUUUGGACUUUGACUAUAUAUCCGCAAACAUUUCUCUUGGACCUUGAUCUAGGCUGGGAUUCUGUCAUAAGCUGGAUUACUAGCUACGCAGCUGUAAGGAUGGAAAUCACAUCUUUUGUGUGGAUAAACCUUCUUCAUGAAUGAAUGUAGCUCAGAUGAAUGAACUUCUCCGUGAUGACCGCUUGUCUUGUUGGUGUUUACUCUAAUCAUGUUCUCUGCUAAUUUGGGAUGGUUGGGAUUGCCCUCGUUGCGCGUAGAGGCGGGGAUCUCAGUGAUAUCUAAUGUAUUGCAGCUGCUGCUGGAG